UCAGCAAAACACCGCCACACUCUACUGUCUAUAUCCGGGUCAGAGGUCAGUAAUGGCGGCCACCAUGGAGACAGCAGCCGGCAUGAGCAAUAUGCUGCAAUUCAUGAAAUUUAUCGGACAGCUCAAAAGGGUCCCACGGACGGGAUGGGUGUACAGGAACGUAAAUAAACCAGAGAGUGUAUCGGACCACAUGUACCGCAUGGCCAUGAUGUCUCUGACCAUCACAGACCCCACAGUGGACAAGGACAGAUGCAUAAAGCUGGCCCUGGUUCACGACAUGGCAGAGUGCAUUGUGGGAGACAUCGCUCCAUCGGACAACAUCAGUAAAGCUGAGAAACACAGGCGGGAAGAGGAAGCGAUGAGACAUCUAUCAGCUCUUCUGCCGGUGGGACUGAAAGAGGAGAUUUACGGGCUGUGGGAGGAAUAUGAAAGUCAGAACAGUCCGGAGGCCCGGUUGGUGAAACAGUUCGACCUCCUGGAGAUGAUCCUGCAGGCCCACGAGUACGAGGAGCUGGAGGGAACGCCGGGAAGACUGCAGGAGUUCUUUGACUCCACCAAUGGCCGCUUCCAGCACCCGGACGUGCUCCGGUUCCUGAGCUCUCUGAACGAAGAGCGAGGACGUAGCGUGACUCCAACGGAAGAAACGGAGAAAUCCAGAAGGCCUCAAAUGCCACAAAAUGAAGAGACGUAGAAGGCAGAAGGUGGAUAUUCUCCACGUGCACUUCACUCUUUUGCCCCUUUAGUUCUAUCUGUACAGUCCUGGAGAGGACUGCGUGGUCGACAGGGAAUAAACUGAACUGCAGGAUAAUAAAAUGUAAUGACAUUACUGUAACACUGUAUUAAAACUUGUGAUGUAGACUCAAACUCAAA